AUGAUUAUUGGUAGAAAUAGAUUAAAUUAUGUAGAUAUAACUAAGAUUGCUACCUAAUGUCGUUAAUCACAUCAGAAAGAAUGUCUUAAGAGUAAAGGGAAAAAUAAUUAAAAUGAAGAAGUAACUCAAUAGUAUGGGGAAUGAAGUUAAAUUUUGAGAGGAGAAUCUGUAAAAUAUCUACUUGAAAUCAGAAAAAGGAAUGUUUUGAAGGAAGCAACAAAAUAAAAUGUUAAGUCCAUCUACGUGCUAUAAAACACUCAAGAGAAAGAUAAAAAUGAAAUCAGUAGUUUGAUGAAUUUAUAUUAAUUUCAUGAUAAAAUCAGAGAAGAGAAUGAAUUAUUAUUCAAUAACAAGCAAAAAGUAUUAUUAAUUCAAGGGCUAGCUGAGGCAUGCAAAAGUAAAAGAGCCAAGAAAAUUGAAAAGUUUAUUUGGAAAUUACAUGAUAGAGGAAUCAAUCAUGAAGAUGAUUAUGGGUUUGAAGAUCUCUAAUUUAUAGAAUAAAAAGAUAUUUUGUAAAAAAAAGAAUCCCAAUUUUUAGAAAAAUUUUAUAUUAAUUAAACUCAUAUUAAGAGAAACGACAUUUUUACUAGUAAUAAUUAUGCCUAAUGGUUAGCACCAGAAGAUAAAAACUAAUUUAAAGAAAUCUAACUUCUCAAUUUUGACUAAGUUUAAAAAUAAGAAUAUUUUAAGAAAUUAAGUAUUUAAAGUAUUACAAUGUUGAUUUUUGAUAUAACAGAAUGGUAAGUUUAUCCAUAAAACCAAAACCGAUGGAUAUCAAAAAUUUAGAACUGA